UACUUUAACAUUACAAUGUCUUAGGGGACAAUGGAUGCUCACCUUACAAGCAAGACGCCAUGGCCGCGGUUACGCGAGAGUAAUGUCUUGUUACACGCCGACGGCUCCUUGUCUUGUAGCAUUUGCACAAGAAAUUAUAAAAGCAACUCGAUUUACAAACACGUAUGUCUCGGUGGCAACCUAGCAUCGUCAUCCUUUGAUGAGGCCGCUGUAAGCAGCGAUCGUGUCAGCAAUAGCGAUUAUGUCUUCUGCCUGGAGCAUUAUGGAGAGCACUCAGCAGCCCGGUUGCUCCAGCUCCAGCAUCAGCAAGCCAAAGCCAAGGUCCCAAUGCAGUUGCGUGGUGACCGCCGGACAACGCUUUCACAAGUCCUAGGCGUGCAACUCGAGCCUGACAGUCAAGGCAACGCCGGUAGCCCCAUGCAGCUAGGCGGACAAACGCCGCGCAACAUGGAGUUGGGUAGUCCCUAUCUGGCUGUAUCCACCAGCAGCAACGGCCAGCAAGCGAGUAGCAUGUCAGGCGGCAGCCCAUCGACAGCAGGCCGUGCCUCAGGGUACAGCCCCUCAGCAGAAGGCAGCCCCUUAUUGGGCGAUAGAGCAGGCGGCAGUGGUUCAGGUGGCAGCGGCUCUGGCGGCAGAAACGGCUCUGGUGAGAGUAGAGCAGCAGCGGCUCAGGCGCCAGCAGCGACCCAGGCGUGAGCAAUUCGGGCGGCAGGGGCUAUGGUGGCAACAACUCGGACGCGAGCUUCUCGGCAGGGGGCGGCAGUGUCUCAGGCGGCAGCGGCGGGGCCAACGCCUCAGAGCAUCAACCUGGUUAUGAAAGUGAGCUUCGCCUACUAACUUGUUUUGCCGCAAUGACCGUUUUUGCUGGGGGGAGGAAGAAGCCAUUCCCUGCUGACAAUUCGUCGCAUUUCUCUACCCUUUCUUAUCACCAUAACACCUAACCAUAGAACACCUGCGUUUCCAUGCUCUUUUUCUAUGACCCCACAAAACAAGCAGUCGAGCAACCGCCCUUGCUGUACGACACGCUUCCGGAAGACGCAGCGGAUUCCACCAGCUGAUACCCUCCACAGUCCUUUUGCCGUACACAGGUCAUUACCUCAUGCUGUACGAUCAAAACCCUCCCCUCCCUUUCCUUACCAGAUCGCGUGUCCUUCGCUAGCAUAGAAGACAUGUACGACGAUGCGGGUGACGACAUGGAAGAAGUGCUACGCUGUAAGUCACAAUGGAACUACCCAUACGUUUAGAUAGAGGGGCCCUGAUGUACCGAUGUUAUGCCACCUGGCUCACGAAUCCGCACAAUUGAGGCUUGGCAUAGGCGGACGAAGCAAACACAAUGCUGCUUUGCUUAUAUUACGCCCAUACAACGGCACACCCGUUACCCUCUCUGUCUAUGCAUCCCUUCCGCCUACCCCUCAGACAUGCCAUUCCCCUUCCACCUAAGGAAUGCUAUUGCCUGUCUUGCUUGGAUUGUGGACAUCGAGACGGGACCCAUGGGCCAUUUUCUUGUUACGGUUACAUACCGGUCACGGAUGUGAGCCAUGUAAAUACAGAACACCCUGCGCCUCUCCAGCUAGGAGAAUAAUUGUUAAGUAACAACUGCAAACCGAAAACCCGUUGGAAACACGUAGCUAGGCUACUAAACUUCACGCCCUUUCACCUCAUCACAAUCAGCGUUUUUUUUCGUUUUCGAGGGGGUAUUUUUGUAUCGCUGCUCGAGCGAUAGAAAUCGGGCCUGGGCAACCGCUUAUCGCUUUCCCAGCCAGCCAAGCCGAGGGGUUUCGGGGCUUAUCGCUUCCUAAGGCGGCCUCCUGGGGUCACACGUGCCCAUAGCCCCUUAAACCCCAAUGUGGAGGCGCUUCUCACUGGUUCCAGUGCCCUCCUGGGCCCAAAUCCCUAGCAUGUAGAGGGUCUGGCAGGGGGUGUGUGAGCGAUGAGAUACCCUGGGCACAGACACCUUAUCGCUUUCUCACGGCCCUAGGACCAAUUAUUUAUCGCUCAAAAAGCGAUAUAUCGCUCAAAACAAAUCACUGAUCACAAUGCAUUAUCGUCACAUAUUUUUAAUUGUACAGAAACAGUCAAAUUCGUCAUCUGCUCCCCAGUUCUUCAUGCAAUUGUCGUUCACAUUUCAUUUGUUUUUAAAAUCACAUCCAUUACACCGCACCUUGCUUGCUUAUUAGAAAAUGGGGUACGGUGGGAGAAACCGUGUGAUAUGCCAAUGCCUAGCCAUAACCACAAUCUGCCCCUCCACUCUCGUGUCAAGGAUACCCCAGCAGGCCCAAGGGACAAUCUCCGUGGCGAGGCACCAUGACCUGCCCCGAACCUCGUUUCUAACAAUUGGGCAUCUCACAUCCCCGUCAACCUGACGCCCCUGAGACGUCGCUGUGUACCAAUCCGCCUCCACUAAGCAACGCUCCACGCCAUCAGGGCCCUUGUGAUGCAGGAUUUGAACUACUUUCCCAAACUUCAUGAGUGUGUUUCCUGCCGCCGGCUUCAGCAAAAAACAUUUUUUAACCGACAACUUCACAGGCCCUUCACAGGCCCACAUUGGAAACUGUUUGCGCCAAGGUUCCCGUGGGCUCAAUUACAUGGCCUUGGAUAUGCAACCGCGAGUACAUAUCCGGAAUCCCCUGCCAGUCUCUGCCCAACACACCAAUCUCCGUCGCACCACGAACCAUCUUAACAGUAGGUGACGAUGCGUAGAACUUGCCAGGCUCCCACAUUGUUGCCGCCUCCUCAUCUUCAACAUCGCUCGAGUCGUCGAGGCCAGGUGCUACCUCAGCACCCAGCUUGGCAGGAAUGCUCAUGAGCACCUCCACGUCCAACGCGCGCCGCUUAUGAGGACGGCGGCCGCUACGACAACGGUGGCACCCCGCCGCCAGCCAAGGGCCGCCACUGGGAGGAGGAGAAGAAGACCCGCAGCGGCGACGUGGAGCGGCGCCUGCAGGGAACGCGCGCCGCUUAUGAGGACGGCGGCCGCUACAACGACGGCGGCACCCCGCCUCACGUCGGCAAUGAGGAGUACCCCCUCACCCAGGCCGACCCGUCUCCUGAGCCCGAAGGAGGGAUUGCAAGCACCAGGGCAGACAGCAGCAGCAGCAGCAGCGGCAAGAGCAGUUCUGGCGACAGUGGCGAUGACAGCGACAGGAGUAGCGGCAAAAGUGGCAGCAGCGGUAGGAGCGAUGCGAGCGGCAGUAGCGGCGACACCGGGAGCUACAGAAGCGAUGAAGGAGGCCACCGCGGCGAUGGAAGCAGGGGCGGAGGGUUCCCGCCUGCGGGAAAGGCGGCCAAGCGCAAGCUGGACUGCGUCGAGGAAGGAAAGGAUCGCCAGGAGAAGGUUCGCCGCGAUGGCAUCAGUGACCGCAAGGCUGCCAUGGAGCUUGGGGCGCAGCAUGAGGAGGUAGCACCAACGGGCCGCUCCAAGCGUGCACGACAGCCGUCCAGGAAGGCCAAGGAGCAGGCGGAGACCGAGGAGUAUCAGCGGGAGCAAGUGAAGAAGCACAAGACGUCUGCACCUUCGCAACCGGUUUCCGGCACCAACAUAAUGGACAAGUUGGCGGUGGACAAGAAGGCCUUCGGACUCGUCGUCAAGUCCUUUACGGCGGAGGACAAGGCUGACAAGGGCAAGGGCGGACGUGUGGGCAACGGCAUCAGCAAGGGCAGCAGCCGCAAAGACGACGGCAACAGGGGCACCAAGAGCUGCAGCAAGGGCAAGGGAAGGAAGUGACGGCUGAAAGAAAGACCGGUUUUGCAGGUGUGCAGACUGUUUCAUCCGGUUGGGCGCAUUUUGAUCGGUAUGUGCUUCGGAGAGAGAGAGAGAACUUCAUAGGAGAGGAAGCAAGUUAAGAUGAAGAGGGAGGAUUUCAUAGGAGAGAGGAAGCAAUAUAAGGUAUUACAUCAGUAGGGGGGUAUUCAAUUGAGGCACAGAUCUUGUUUUAUUUGAUUUAUUUGAUAGUUAUGACUAGUGUGAAGACUCUAAACGCUGUGUGAUAGCAGGGGUAUGAUAUUAGGGUUGGUCUGCAUGACAGACGGAAAUAAACCAUGCCUGUUAACAACCUGUCAUGGGGUUGUUUACCAGGCCUAGUAAUGCUGUAACCAUGGGAUGUA